AUGAUCGAAUGGGGAAUGCUGGCAACCGCCCGCGGAGAAUGCCUCAUCGAGUGGAGACUGACGGGACACGGAAUGGUCCCGCUCAACCAAGCCGUCGGAGGCUCGACUGAUCACCUUGCGGCGACCGCUCUCGCCCAGACUGCCAAUGCUCUCGAGCCUGGCGCGGAGACUGUCCUGCGGAAGAAGGGCAAGGGCACUGUCAAGGAGCGAUGCGACGAGCCGGCGCCACCGAAGGACUCGCCUGAGGAUCCGUUGAGAGCGCUCCAUGCGCGGCCCGACGAGGCACACGGGCGCGUGCAAGAGCUGCUGCAGCAGCGGCUCCAGCAGAUUCUCCAACGAGGGCAGCAAGAGCGCCUGGAUGUGGCGAAGCUCCAGGAGCUGCAGCAGCUUCUUGUGGGCCUGGGGCAGUGCGCGGACACGCAUGCCGUUCCGCAGUCGCCCCGUUGGUCGCAGCAGUCGCCGCGCUCGCCCAUGUCACCCUCCCGCCAGGAGCCGCCCCCGGCGUGCCCUCAGCAGCCUUCGACGCCGCGGCCUGCGACGCCGCCUUCAGCUCCCCGCCACAAUGGGCUGCCACUGCUGGUGCCCAGGCAACAGGACCUUCCCCCGCGACAUCCUCCGCACCUACAGGCCCUGCAAUGCAGUGCGUGCAGUUGCCAGGUCCAAGAAGUUUGA